AAGGGAUUUGUCUUGGCCGCUCACCCCCCGGCUCUACAUGUUCGCUGCACUGAGGAGGAGACGGAAGAGGAGCCAGCCCCCCUCCCGGCCCGGAUUAUUGUUGUUAUAUUAUCUCCCCUCCUCCUCCUGCUCCGCGGCGGCGGCGGUGGCCCAGCGGCGGCGGCGGCUCCUCUGAGGAGGGAGGGGGGUGGAUUUCUUUCCCCCUCUCUCAGAUUCUCGUUGGAUUCAGACGCCGAUUUGCUCAGUGCUUGGGAGAUGGGAAGUAAUGAUAGCUGGCACCUGAAUUGAAAUAUCUGUGUAGGCACUACUAUCCCAGAACUUCAGGAUGAAUGGGGAUAUGCCUCAUGUUCCCAUCACUACUCUUGCAGGGAUUGCUAGUCUUACAGACCUUUUGAACCAGCUGCCUCUUCCAUCACCAUUACCUGCUACAACAACAAAAAGCCUGCUUUUCAAUGGACGUAUAGCUGAAGAGGUGAACUGCCUUCUGGCUUGCAGGGAUGAAAAUUUGGUUUCACAGCUCGUCCACAGUCUCAAUCAGGUGUCAACAGAUCACAUAGAGUUGAAAGAUAACCUUGGCAGUGAUGAUCCAGAGGGAGAUAUACCAGUCUUGCUGCAGGCUAUCCUGGCAAGGAAUCCUAAUGUUUUCAGGGAGAAAAGCAUGCAAAACAGAUACGGGGUACAAAGCGGGAUGAUGAUGUCACAGUUUAAUAUUUCUCAGAAUUCCAUGCGUGGUAGUCCUGCAUCUUCCAAUUAUCAACAAACCACUAUAUCACAUAGUCCUUCCAGCCGUUUUGUGCCACCACAGACAAGCUCUGGUAACAGAUUUUUGGCACAACAGAACAGCCCAGUGCCUAGUCCAUAUGCUCCUCAAAGCCCUGCAGGAUACAUGCCGUAUUCACACCCUGCAAGUUAUACACCACAUCCGCAGAUGCAACAAGCUUCAGUAUCCAGUCCCAUUGUCACAGCUGGCAUGAGGAAUCUCCAUGAAAAUAAAGUUUCAAGUCAAUUGUCUGGAAAUUCAGCUAAUCAUCAUGCUGAUAACUCUAGACACGGCUCAAAUGAAGACUACCUACAGAUGGUGCACAGAUUAAGUAGUGAUGAUGGCGAUCCCUCAAUAAGGAAUGCUGCAUCUUUUUCCUUGAGAUCACCACAGUCAGUGUGCUCUCCAGCUGGAAGUGAUGGAACCCUUAAAGGAUCAAGACAACCUUUAAUCCAACAGUCUCAGCCUCCACCUUAUUCAUCACCUAGAGAUGUUCCCCCAGACAUAUUGUUAGAUUCUCCAGAAAGAAAGCAAAAGAAACAAAAGAAAAUGAAGUUAGGCAAGGAUGAAAAAGACCAGACUGAAAAAGCUGCAAUGUAUGAUAUCAUUAGUUCUCCUUCCAAGGACUCCACUAAGCUUACAUUAAGACUCUCUCGUGUAAGAUCUUCGGAUAUGGACCAGCAGGAUGAUAUGCUUUCUGGUUUGGAAAACAGCAGUGUGUCAGAGGGUGAUAUUCCUUUUAAUGUGCAGUACCCAGGACAGACUUCUAAAACACCCGUUACUCCACAGGAUGUUAACCGCCCACUAAACGCUGCUCAGUGUUUGCCGCAGCACGAACAGACAGCUUUUCUACAGGCACAACAAGUGCCUGUUUUACAACAGAACACUUCAGUUGCUGCAAAACAACCUCAAACUCCUGUGGUACAGACACAGCAACAGGUUUCGCAACAAGGAACUAUAACGUCAUAUGAUGAAGUAGAGUUGGAUGCAUUGGCUGAAAUUGAGCGGAUAGAACGCGAAUCAGCUAUUGAAAGGGAGCGAUUUUCAAAAGAAGUGCAAGAUAAAGAUAAGCCUUUGAAGAAGCGAAAACAAGAAAAUAAACCACAGGAGGCUGGAGGUGCUACUGGAGGAAACAGAGCAGCUUCUCAGGAGACAGGUUCUGCAGGAAAUGGGGCAAGGCCAGCAUUAAUGGUUAGUAUCGAUCUGCAGCAAGCAGGAAGAGCGGACUCUCAGGCAACAGUAACUCAGGAUUUGGACACCAUCAAAAAACCUGAAGAAAUUAAGCAGUAUAAUGAUGCGUUUGUGUGUGUUCCCCAAGAAGACACUGCUGGAGUUCUUAAAUUUAAACCUGAAAACCAUCCAGAAAUUUUUAGGAAAAAGCCAGACUUCGAAGGUCAAAAGACAGAUAUCCAGCAAAAUGAAAACAGGCAAAUGGAAUUUCAGCAAAGUGAGAGCAGACGGUUGGAAAGUAAACACAAUGAGAACAAACAGUUAGACGCUAAACAUGAAAGCAAGCAUGAAAGCAGACAAAUGGAAGUGAAACAAAAUGAGAACAGACAGACAGAAUCAAAACAAAAUGAGAGCAGGCAAAUGGAGAUGAAACAGAAUGAGGGAAAACAAAAUAAUGGCAAACAGGAAAUAAGGCAGAGGCCUGAAACGCCAAAACAGAAGAGUGAAGGCAGGCCUGAAACACCAAAACAGAAGACUGAAGGCAGGCCUGAAACACCAAAACAUAGACAUGAUAAUAGGAGAGACUCCAGUAAACCAUUGUUAGAUAAGAAAGUUGAAGUAUCUAGACAUAAACUAGAUGUAAAAUCUGACCUUUCAAGGGUAAAACCUGAAAGUAGAUCUGAUCCAACAAAACAAAGGCCUGAUGGUCGUUCAGUUUCUGAUGCACUGAGGCGUGAUCAUGAUAGCCUUAAACAAAGAUCUGAGGAUAGGGGGGAUUCAGAGAGAUACAGAGGAGAUCCAUCCAAGAUUAGAAGGCCUGAAUAUUUGAGAUCUGCAAACAAAAAUGAACAUGAUUCUAAGUAUGGUGUUAAAUCUGAUGGUUCAAAACCUGAGAAAUUUGAAAGGAAACAUAGGCAUGAGUCUGGUGAUUCAAGGGAAAGAUUUUCUGCUGGGGAUCAGAAAUCAAGACCUGACAGCCCUCGUAUUAAACAGGAAGGUAGAGGAGACUCAAGUAAAUCAAGACCUGAUAAACCUGGUUUUAAAUCACCCAACAGCAAGGAUGAACGAAGGACAGAUGGUAAUAAGAGUAAAGUAGAUACUAAUAAAGCACAUGCUGACAGUAAAGCAGAGUUUCCCAGUUAUUUGUUGGGGGCAAGAUCUGGUGCAUUGAAACAUUUUGUCAUUCCAAAAAUCAAGCGUGAUAAAGAUGGCAAUGUUACUCAGGAAUCAAGGAAAACUGAGUUUAGAGUUGAACAGAAAGACAAAGUAGAGAAGAUUGGGCUAGUUGAAGAUCUAAAUAAAGGAGCUAAGCCUGUAGUUGUCCUUCAAAAGCUUUCUUUGGAUGAUGUGCAGAAGUUUAUUAAGGAUAGAGAAGAUAAAUCGAGGGGCUCUUGUUUUAAACCCAACAAGAACAAGUCAUCCAAAUCUAAUAAAGGUAGCAUAGAUCAGUCAGUGUUAAAGGAGUUGCCUCCUGAGCUCCUGGCAGAAAUUGAAUCCACCAUGCCACUUUGUGAACGUGUGAAAAUGAACAAGCGCAAACGUAGCACAGUUAAUGAGAAACCAAAAUAUGCUGAAAUCAGUUCUGAUGAAGACAAUGACAGUGAAGAAGCUUUUGAAUCUUCUCGUAAAAGACAUAAAAAGGAUAGAGAUGAAGCUUGGGAGUAUGAAGAACAUGACAGAAGAUCUUCUGGUGAUCAUAGGAGAAGUGGUCAUUAUCAUGAAGGAAGGAGGACUUCUGGUAGUGGCCGUUACCGUAACCGCAGUCCUGAUGACUCUGAUAUGGAUGAUUAUUCUUCUCCCCCUAGCCUCAGUGAGGUGGCUAGAAAAAUGAAGAAAAAAGAAAAACAAAAGAAGAGGAAAGCUUAUGAACCCAAACUAACACCUGAAGAAAUGAUGGAUUCCUCAACUUUCAAAAGGUUUACUGCUUCAAUAGAGAAUAUUUUGGAAAAUUUGGAAGACAUGGAUUUUACAGCUUUUGGUGAUGAUGAUGAGAUUCCACAGGAAUUGCUACUUGGAAAACAUCAGCUUAGUGAGUUGGGUAGUGAAUCUGCAAAAAUCAAGGCAAUGGGCAUUAUGGACAAGCUCUCAACAGAAAAAACAGUAAAAGUCCUGAAUAUUUUGGAGAAGAAUAUUCAAGAUGGAUCAAAGCUUUCUACAUUACUUAACCAUAACAAUGACACUGAAGAUGAGGAGAGAUUAUGGAGAGAUCUUAUUAUGGAAAGAGUGACAAAAUCUGCUGAUGCUUGUCUUACUGCUAUCAAUAUUAUGACAUCACCAAAUAUGCCUAAAGCUGUAUAUAUUGAGGACGUAAUAGAAAGAGUUAUUCAAUACACGAAAUUUCAUUUGCAGAACACACUUUAUCCUCAGUAUGAUCCUGUUUAUAGAGUGGAUCCUCAUGGUGGUGGUGUUUUAAGCUCAAAAGCAAAACGUGCCAAGUGUUCCACCCACAAGCAAAGAGUUAUAGUGAUGUUGUAUAACAAAGUUUGUGAUAUUGUCAGCAGCUUGUCAGAGUUGCUAGAGAUACAGCUUCUUACUGAUACGACUAUUCUUCAGGUAUCAUCUAUGGGAAUAACACCUUUCUUUGUAGAAAAUGUCAGUGAACUACAGUUAUGUGCCAUCAAGUUAGUGACAGCAGUGUUCUCCAGAUAUGAAAAACAUAGGCAGCUAAUACUAGAAGAAAUUUUUACUUCCCUUGCAAGACUACCAACUAGCAAGAGGAGUUUGAGAAACUUCAGGUUAAACAGCAGUGACACGGAUGGAGAGCCAAUGUAUAUUCAGAUGGUAACAGCACUAGUUCUGCAGCUUAUUCAGUGUGUGGUGCACUUACCAUCAGCAGAAAAGGAUUCUAACUCAGAGGAAGAAUCAAACAAGAAAGUGGAUCAAGAUGUGCUUAUUACUAAUUCAUAUGAAACAGCCAUGAGAACAGCACAAAACUUCCUUUCUAUUUUCCUUAAGAAGUGUGGCAGUAAACAAGGGGAAGAAGAUUACAGACCCCUGUUUGAGAACUUCAUUCAAGAUCUUCUCUCCACAGUCAAUAAACCAGAAUGGCCAGCUGCAGAGUUGCUACUUAGCUUAUUAGGAAGGCUAUUGGUUCACCAGUUCAGUAACAAAUCUACAGAAAUGGCAUUAAGAGUUGCAUCACUUGACUACCUUGGAACUGUAGCUGCAAGACUGAGGAAAGAUGCAGUCACUAGCAAAAUGGAUCAAGGAUCUAUAGCAAGAAUCCUUAAACAAGUUUCAGGAGGAGAAGAUGAAAUUCAACAGCUGCAGAAGGCUUUACUAGAUUAUCUGGACGAGAACACAGAAACUGAUGCAUCAUUAGUGUUUUCUCGGAAGUUUUAUGUAGCUCAGUGGUUCCGUGAUACAACUAUGGAGACAGAGAAAGCAAUUAAAUCUCAGAAGGAUGAGGAUUCAUCUGAAGGAACUCAUCAUGCAAAAGAUGUUGAGACCACAGGACAGAUCAUGCAUAGAGCAGAAAGUCGCAAGAAGUUUCUUCGCAGCAUCAUUAAAACUGCUCCAUCUCAGUUCAGUACAUUAAAGAUGAAUUCUGAUACUGUGGACUAUGAAGAUGCAUGUCUGAUUGUUCGCUACUUGGCCUCUAUGAGGCCGUUUGCCCAGAGCUUCGAUAUUUAUUUAACACAGAUUCUGCGUGUACUUGGUGAAAAUGCAAUUGCUGUUCGAACAAAAGCCAUGAAGUGUUUGUCUGAGGUUGUUGCUGUAGACCCCAGUAUUCUAGCCAGGCUGGAUAUGCAACGAGGUGUUCAUGGACGGUUAAUGGAUAACUCCACUAGUGUACGAGAAGCAGCUGUGGAGCUGCUUGGCAGAUUUGUGCUCUGUCGUCCUCAGCUUGCUGAGCAGUAUUAUGACAUGCUGAUCGAAAGAAUAUUGGAUACUGGUAUCAGUGUCAGAAAAAGAGUCAUAAAGAUACUUAGAGAUAUCUGCAUUGAACAACCAACAUUUCCCAAAAUUACAGAGAUGUGUGUAAAAAUGAUUCGGAGAGUCAAUGAUGAAGAAGGCAUUAAGAAAUUAGUAAAUGAGACAUUCCAGAAGCUCUGGUUUACUCCAACUCCACACCAUGACAAAGAAGCAAUGACAAGGAAAAUACUAAACAUCACGGAUGUGGUGGCAGCUUGUAGAGAUACAGGGUAUGAUUGGUUUGAACAGCUUCUUCAAAAUCUGUUGAAGUCAGAAGAGGAUGCCUCAUAUAAACCUGUGAAGAAAGCCUGUACUCAACUUGUUGACAAUUUGGUUGAGCACAUUCUCAAAUAUGAGGAAUCUUUAUCAGAUUCUGACAACAAAGGUGUGAAUUCUGGUCGCUUGGUUGCUUGCAUAACCACUUUGUUCUUAUUCAGCAAAAUCAGGCCCCAGCUAAUGGUCAAACAUGCCAUGACCAUGCAGCCGUACCUGACCACUAAAUGUAGUACCCAGAAUGAUUUCAUGGUGAUCUGCAAUGUUGCAAAGAUCUUAGAGCUUGUAGUGCCACUAAUGGAGCACCCAAGUGAGACCUUUCUUGCCACUAUUGAGGAAGACCUCAUGAAACUCAUCAUCAAAUACGGCAUGACAGUUGUUCAACAUUGUGUGAGCUGUCUUGGGGCUGUUGUGAACAAGGUCACCCAAAACUAUAAAUUUGUAUGGGCCUGUUUUAAUAGAUACUAUGGUGCACUUUCAAAAUUAAAAAGUCAACACCAAGAAGACCCAAACAGUACAAUACUUACUGCUAAUAAACCAGCACUCCUUAGAUCACUUUUCACUGUUGGUGCUCUGUGUCGGCAUUUUGAUUUUGAUCAUGAAGAUUUUAAAGGCAACAGUAAGGUUAACAUUAAGGAUAAAGUACUGGAACUGCUGAUGUAUUUUACAAAGCAUUCAGAUGAAGAAGUACAAACAAAAGCUAUUAUUGGCCUUGGAUUUGCAUUUAUACAACACCCAAGUUUAAUGUUUGAACAGGAAGUGAAGACUCUGUACAACAGUAUUCUUUCAGAUAAGAACUGUUCAGUAAACUUAAAAAUCCAGGUGUUAAAAAAUCUCCAGACCUACUUGCAGGAGGAGGAUACACGUAUGCAGCAGGCAGACAGAGACUGGAAAAAAGUAGCAAAACAGGAAGACCUGAAAGAAAUGGGUGAUAUUUCCUCAGGGAUGAGUAGUUCCAUCAUGCAGCUAUAUCUCAAACAGGUCCUUGAGGCUUUCUUUCAUACUCAGUCUAGCGUACGUCACUUCGCCCUAAAUGUCAUUGCACUGACGUUAAACCAAGGUCUCAUCCAUCCUGUUCAGUGUGUGCCGUACUUAAUUGCUAUGGGCACAGAUCCAGAGCCCUCUAUGCGAAAUAAAGCUGACCAGCAGUUGGUGGAAAUAGACAAAAAAUAUGCUGGGUUCAUUCAUAUGAAAGCAGUAGCUGGUAUGAAGAUGUCUUACCAGGUACAACAGGCAAUUAAUACCUGCCCAAAAGAUCCUGUAAGAGGUUUUAGACAUGAUGAAUCAUCCAGUGCAUUGUGUUCACACCUGUACUCCAUGAUCCGAGGGAACCGUCAACACAGACGAGCGUUUCUAAUUUCUUUACUCAACCUCUUUGAUGAUACAGCAAAAACAGAGGUGAAUAUGCUCUUGUACAUAGCAGACAAUCUAGCCUGUUUCCCUUAUCAAACACAGGAAGAGCCACUGUUUAUAAUGCAUCAUAUAGACAUUACACUGUCAGUUUCUGGUAGCAACUUACUACAGUCAUUUAAAGAGUCUAUGGUGAAAGACAAAAAAAAGGAAAGAAAACCUUCAUCAGAUGAGGAGACUGAGAGUGACAGUAACAGUGGUAGUGAGAGUGAGAGUGAAGAGGAAGCUUCUAAGCCUCGGAGGUUGCGGAAACGAGCAGACUCUGAUUCAGAUUCUGAUGAAGAAAAUGAUAUAAAUGCUGUGAUGAAAUGUUUACCAGAAAAUUCAGCUCCUUUAAUUGAAUUUGCAAAUGUCUCCCAAGGCAUAUUAUUACUUCUGAUGCUGAAACAGCAUUUAAAGAACCUCUGUGGAUUCUCUGACAGUAAAAUUCAGAAAUACUCUCCAUCUGAAUCUGCAAAAGUUUAUGAUAAAGCGAUAAACAGGAAGACAGGAGUGCAUUUUCACCCAAAACAAACUCUGGAUUUUCUGCGGAGUGAUAUGGCUAAUUCCAAGAUAACUGAAGAAGUGAAGAGGAGUAUAGUAAAACAGUACUUAGAUUUCAAGCUCCUUAUGGAACAUCUGGAUCCUGAUGAAGAGGAAGAAGAUGGAGAGGUGUCAGCUAGCACAAAUGCUCGGAACAAAGCAAUUACCUCGCUGCUUGGAGGAGGCAGCCCUAAAAACAAUGCAGCUGAGACAGAGGACGAUGAAAGUGAUGGGGAGGAUAGAGGAGGAGGCACUUCAGGGUGAGGCGGAGGAGGAGUCAACGUAUUUCGCAGCGUAUUACGUAAAAUGAUUUUUAUGUGCUUAUAAAUGUCAGUCUAUUAUAUUAAAUGUACACCAAGUAAUGUAAUCCACAUGAAAGAAAGCAUUUUGUAGAUAGAGAUUCUCUACUUAACCGUUUAUACGACUUUUGUAGAAAGUUUAACAGAAAAGACAAUAAAAAAGAAAACCUAGAAAAUGAGAUUUAUCCCGUAUAAAAAGUUAUUAAUUUUCCUUUGGAAUGUACUGUGUGUUAUCCUUUUUAUUGUUGCCAAGUUUUUAUGUAGCUUUAUGAUUCAUGUGUAUAUAUAAUUUUAUAUAUCAAUAAGAGAUAAAGACACGGGUACAAAUUAAGAGUAUGUGGUUUUACAAGGAUAUGUUAACCCCUUGGCGCUGGCGGUCGCGGUGCGUCUCAUUGCCGGCAAUGGAAUGUGUGCCGGGAAAUCCCAACUCCCGGCGUCAAGGGAUUAAAAGCAAUAAAAGCAAUAAUUUCACUAAAGUUCUUUUUGUGUAACACUUGGUCUUUUUUCCCCCCAAUGUUUUAGUCAUUGAGAAGGUCAAAACGAAAUUCAGACUCUACGGAGUUGGCAGCACAGAUGAAUGAAAGUGUUGAUGUCAUGGAUGUCAUCGCUAUUUGCUGUCCAAAGUACAAAGACCGACCACAAAUUGCAAGAGUAGUACAGAAAACCAGCAAUGGCUUCAGUGUUCAGUGGAUGGCAGGCUCCUACAGUGGCUCCUGGACUGAGGCUAAGCGCCGUGAUGGCCGCAAACUGGUGCCUUGGGUAGACACUAUUAAAGAGUCAGACAUUAUUUACAAAAAAAUUGCUCUAACGAGUGCUAAUAAGCUGACUAAUAAAGUUGUGCAGACUUUACGAUCGCUGUAUGCCGCCAAGGAUGGAACUUCCAGCUAAUGAAUUUGUACAUGCAGCCAAAUUUACAGGAAUUGAAAUAACAGACAAACUUGAAAUACCAACUUUCUGGCAAAAAAAAAAAAUCAGUUAAAUGAAGAGUAAGAAUGGAACCUGGGACGCGGGAAAAGAGAAGGAAAUGUUUGGUAAACAUUUUUGUGGGAGCUUUCUUCGCUGUUGUGCAGCAGAAACUUCUCAGUUCAUUUUUACUCCCACUGUAUUAUAGUUUAACAAAAAAAUUGUUUAUAUCUUGAAAAAAAACCUUUCUGUUUAAAAAAAUAAACAAGUGAAUGUUGGAAAUUAGUCUGUUAAUGUUCUUAAUAAAGUGUUCUUGGAGUUUAACCUAGCAGCGGAUGGCUUUCUUUAGCUUAGCCCAGUUUUCCAGGGAAGCGUUGUUUUUCCAGGCUGUAAAAUGGAAGAAUCUCCUGGAUAUAUAAUUUAUUCUGUUGAAGAAAAACAAAAAAAAAAAGCAUGCAGUAUCUAUGACCUAUCUGCAGGAGGAGUUUUUGUAAAUGUAGAUUUUGAUGUAUUAGGUCACCCUGAAAUAAUACAAGAAAGGGAUCCCCAGCAAAUCUGGUGGAACGAAUACUGCAAUAAAUUUUUUUACUUCUCUUUGUUACUUGUCUGUUUCCAUUUGAAUUUCUUAUUGUAAAAAUCUGUUUAAAUCCAUUUAUAUUAUUUGCAGUCUUUUUAUGUAAAAUUUUACUAUAGCAUUGGUUUUCAAAACAAGACAUAAAAUAUUGUUUAUACAGUUGUAUAGGCUGACUUCUGAA